CGGUGAGCGGAGCGGGACACUUGCUGUAGAGAGAAGAGCUAGAGGAACGAAGAGAGGGUGUGAAGCCGCUCCGGACGAACACAACACAUCACUUUCACUCGACCCACGACAUCACAGCAUGGCUUCAAAGUGCCCCAAGUGCGACAAGACGGUGUACUUCGCUGAAAAGGUGUCAUCGCUGGGGAAGGACUGGCACAAACUGUGUCUCAAAUGCGACCGCUGCAACAAGCUCCUGAAUGCCGGAGGCCACGCUGAGCACGAUGGAAGACCCUACUGCCACAAACCAUGCUAUGCUGCCCUCUUUGGGCCAAAAGGUGUGAACAUUGGCGGUGCAGGUUCUUACGUGUACGAUACUCCGGCCAACAACAACCCGUCUGCCACUAGUGUGGAUUCGGCCUCUAAAGCUGAAGAGAAGCGAGUUUACGCACCCAAGGCACCAUCGAAAGCAGCUGGCAGCAUCACCACUUUUUCCGGGGAGGCCAACCUGUGCCCUCGGUGCAACAAGAAGGUGUACUUUGCUGAGAAGGUGACAUCACUGGGUAAAGACUGGCAUCGACCCUGCCUGCGCUGUGAGCGAUGCAGCAAGACUCUGUCUGCUGGCAGCCACGCAGAGCAUGACGGCCAGCCCUACUGCCACAAACCCUGCUACGCUGUUCUCUUCGGGCCCAAAGGCGUGAACACUGGUGGUGUGGGCAGCUACAUCUAUGACAAGGAGCCCAGUGCAGUGACCCAGCCUUGAACCUCUGUUACCCUCAGCUUCACCCCCUCUUCUCUACACAACACUGACCAUCAGCCACAGUAUUAUUUGUAGCCUUUUUUUCCUCUAUUCCUCACCUGUGCGGUUAAAACCCGAGACAACCAGAUCCUCUCCUGAGUCCCCGCUCUCCUCCUUUGCUCUGCCCCAGAUCGGAUUUAGCACCAGGAAUGAUUCAUUGAUUACGACUGCUGGCUAGAUAUAUGUUAUGUAUAUUCAGGAGCACAAACACAUCCGGCGUUUCCCCCAUCAGUGCUGUUCUUUACUGCACUUGAACGACAUUUUUUGCCAUGUUUACACAUUACUAAGUGUAUGUGAACACACCUAGCGUCACUACGGUAAAAUGUAAAGGUCUUAAUAAACAAAUCUUUCACCCACAAAACGGUGUUAAUAAGGAUGUCUGCAAGGAUUUUAGAUGCAUUGUGGGUAGAAAGAGGUGCAGUUGCAUCGACUGUGAUGUGCUGACAGCUUGAGGAAUUUCAACUCGGAGGCUGCUGCACGCACAGGUGGUGCACAGGAGCGCGUUGCCAAUAAAUCUGUAUUUUACAAAUGCCAUAUUUACAGUUUGGCUGCCUGAUAACAUUCCUUAUGUGUGAGGAGAAAAAAAGGAGAUUUUUUAAAGAAGCAACAUAUUGUAAAAAGGUGGGAAAGUGGAUCUCUGAGGCAACUGAUUUUCAACACAUCAUGAGGCUGUAUUUAAACAUGAAUUUUUGAGAAAACGACCUGUUGUAUGUCGGAAUCUGGAUGAUAAGAGACGCUGUGCUAAUAAAUAACACAAACAUGUUGUACCAGUUGUUAUACAUAAUACUUGUUUUUAAAGUCUUUCUAAAAAGACAGAAUGUGGGUGAAGUUUUGGGAAGUUUAGGCUGUGGAUGAAACAUGUAUUUAUUGCUUUAAUUCAAGUCCUAUAAAGUUCAUCAGCCAUUGUACUGCUACCCCAGAUUAUGAAGGAGGUAAAACGAGGCAAUGUAAGCUGUAUAAAUCUCUAUGAUCAAGAUUUUUAUUGUUAUUUUUGAACAAGUAACCCUGCUGUUAUUUUCCGAGACGACGCGCUAUUUGAGGUAUUAUAUUUUUUUUUUUGCCAUUAGUAGAUACAGUAGUUUAGCUUGUAGAAUGAAAGGCACUGCAGACAAGUCAUUCUGUAAGAAUGUGCAUUAUUCUAGUAUUAUUGUGUUUGUUUAUUACCUGUUGUACAUCGUAGGGCUUGACUGACACUGCAGGGCUCGUUGUUUGUAGAGUUCUGCCCUGUUGCAUUCGUCUUUUUAAUCCCUUCAAUAAAUAUUUCAGAAACUCUUCGUCCGUGUUACUACGAUUACUGUUUGACAGAUUUUGAAUACCUUUUUUCCGGUUAUGAAUUGAAAUAAAGAAACACUACAUGUGGUGUGA